AUGACGGUUCUCGACACUGAGACACGCUAUUGGUAUACUUACGGAAAUGCUUUUUACCUCUGCGUGAUCGCUUUCAUCCUGUCUGAGUUCGCCGGCAUUUUUGCGGUCUACCUCUUUUUGGCGCGACUGCGGCACCAUUCACGUCUCAAGCAGACGAGUUCACUUUGCACGAACGCCGUCUCCAACGUCGGCGUUCGAGGCUACCUGGGCAGAGUGACACCGGCAGGGGUCGAAUCCGCAUCGAUGAUCUCCUCAAAGCCGUUGGUGACCAAGCUUUCAUGGCUCACGAGCAACCUGCACCAGCCGACAAGCAUCCAUUUCGACUGGUUUGACCGGCCUCUGCUCGACGACUUCUGUGCUUCCGGCGUCCCGACUCGCCAAUACGAGUUGGCUGGCCGGCCACAAAACCUCGACCCAGAAAUCGCCGACUCCGACAGUCGAUUUGAGGCCCUCUCGGCGCCCGGAGACCGAAUAAAGGUAGUCUCGCCCGGGCUUCGGCCGGAACAUGUAGCCUGGCCGACCGGGAGCCCUGCCUUCCGGUUAGCGGGUCUCUCGCGCUUUGGUACCGCCACCUCCAUGCAGACCCUAGGCGCCGGUGCUAUGGCCACCAAUCCGGCCUCGGUCAACACCUCCACCACCUCGGCGGCCACGGUUACCGGCCAGAUUGCCGAAAGUCUUAUCCUGCUCGGCAACUCGGUCAUUGGUACCGAGCGCCAGAUCCGUGGCUCGGCUCACGAAUGGCCCCCAGCCGGCCCAUUUGGUGAUACCAGAGCUCGCCAGAGUUUAUCUUCGUCAGGUGGAGGAGGCUGCUGUCUGAGCGGGUUCGGCGAGUCCUCGAGUAAUGAGGCGGCCGGCCGGACCUUGGUGGGACAUCGGCGUUCACAGGCGCGGAUUGAAUCUCCUCCUCCUCCUCCUCCUCCUCCUUUCUCCCCUCUUCCUCCUCCUCCUUCUCCCUCACCACCCAUAGCCCCAUCAUCACCACCACCCCCGUCUCUUACGCCACCGGCGCUGCAAGUCUUGCCGAUGGGCGACGAGUUUUCUGCUUCGGGACUCGAGCGCGAGGACUGGCACUGGCGCUCGAGCUCGGGCUCGAAUCGCCGCCGGUCGGGCGCCAAUGGUCACUCCAAAUCGGUACCACAGUUCUUCUCUCCCCUCGAGCCGGCCUCCGACCCUCGGCGACUGGCACGCCGUCUCUUGCUUAGCUCCGAUUCCAUUGCCCAGCAGCGCCGGCCCGGCCAGACUCGGGCCAACUGGGAGGCGCGUCUUCAUAGACGUCGUAUCAAGAUGCAGAGCAACAUUCACCGAGACAAGCGGUUCACCACCGGCCCCGGCUACGAGGCCCAACAGCAGCUGAUGGCGCUGGUAGACGAGGGUGUCCAGAGCGCCGGGAGCCUGCACCGCCAGGUCUCGAGUCGGCCGGCCUCGGAGCUAGCCAACUGCGGCUUGCAGCGAUACAAUUCGACAGAAUGUCUGGAGGCCGUACACACCCUCAACCAGAUGCAAAAAGGACCAGAGGCGAGGGCCGACCAGCCUUAUUCGGUCCACAAGAGACCGGCCAGUCGAACGGGCGCAGCAUCUCCGGCGACCGGCCGUCAAGACUACACGAGGGGGGCUAGACUGCUCGAGUUGGAGAUGUCCGGAUUGGACUCUGAUCAACUGGACGGCGAAAACAUCCCAUUCCUUGGCGAAAAUGGAAUGGAUCGUGAAGAAGAGGAUGAGGACGAUGAUGACGAGGACGAGGACGAGGAGGAAGAAGAAGAAAUAGAAGAAGAGGAGGAAGAUGAAGAAGAAGAGGAUGAAGAGGAUGAAGAAGAAGAGGAAGACGGAGAUGAAGAGGAAGAAGAGGAUGAAGAGGAUGAAGAGGAGGAGGAAGAAGAAGAAGGGGAGGUGGAGGAAGAGGAAGAGGAGGAGGAGGAGGAGGAAGAGGAGGAUGAGAUGGUUGUAGAAGAGGAUGAGUUGAGUAAAGAGUUUGGCCACUUGAGAGGUAGGCAUAUUCAGAGGGACGUCGAAGAAGAGUACAAAGUAAAGGCGCGAGAAGAAGCGGAUGACGAUCCGGAUGAGGGAGAGGAGGAGAGUCCAUUUGAGGACAACAACGAAAGCCGAUCCUUCGAGCUGAUCUCGCCAACUGGUGCCAGUUGGUCGUCUGGCGGGCCAACCUACGCCCCGAGUGUACCUGCGACGCAAAAGUACACAGUUCUCAAAGGCACCAACGGUCCAGGCCGACAAAGUUGUCCGUCACGGUAUCCUGUCACAGUGAGUCGACAAAAUGCCUUGGUCGCAGCGGUCGGCUCCGGGGAAUUUCAGACGCCAGCUACGGGCACUCGUAGGAAGGAGGAGCGAGUCGCGGAACUGCGACCCAUCUUCACGAGUCCCGGUCCGGCCCGCUGUAGCUGCCGGUCUGGCCUGCAACCGAGUCUGGCAUGUGAGACCGGUCGAGACGUCACUUCGCCUGGCGAUGAUCUUGACCUUCACGACGAACUCGUCUGGCCGUCUGGGAAACGAAGGCCCGAGUUAUGCGUGGUCAGAAGCCCCACGAGUCCGCAUCGCCCAGGCUCUCUAGGGCUCCGGGUCUCGGAGGGGGCCUCGAGGCCAGGCCGAGCAGGCAAGCGACGACGAGGGAUCGAGGAGAAGGACAGCCCCAGGUUACAGGCGAGAGGCAGACGAAAAUCACAAAAGAUCACUUCCGUCUAG